AUGUCUUUGAUUCCAGAAGAACUAGAACUCGAAACUAAUGAAAGUGACGAUGAACUAUAUUAUAAAGACAUAUACUUUGAUUCUGAUCUUGAUAACGAAACUGGUGAGGUCGAUAAGGAACAAAGCAAUUUGACAGAAGCAACAUAUUCAAUAAAAAAACAAAAAUCACGAAAAAAAUUAACUGAAGAAGAAUUAUUUUAUGAUUCUAAAAUGGAUGAUGAUGAUGAAUUGUGGAUGAAAAAAAAAAUGGCUCCAAUUUUUGUAGAAAAUUGUAAAGUCAAUCGGUCAGAACGAUUAAUUUAUACCGAUAAAGAAAAUGUUAAAGCGCGUAAUAAAAAUAAAAAUAAAAGAUUAUCAAAUAAGUUAUCAGAUAAGCAAAAGCAACAACCUAACUCUACAGAAGAUGCUACAGUCGAGAUGUCCGGAACAACAGAAGGGGAAAUUUAUUAUCCUGUAGAGUGCGAAAUUUGUGGAACUAAAGUGGCAGUAGUGGAUGAAGAGGAAGUAUAUCAUUUUUUUAAUGUUAUUCCAUCAUGA